GACUAGAUAACUGCACAGUGCAAAGUAGUCCAGCACAAGGAAGUGUAAACAUAUCGCAAGGUAUAAAAUAAUCAACGGGACACCAGCAGAAUCGAACCAGUUGAACAAACUCGUACGAACGAUCAACGAAUUCAAAAAAAGAUGGCCAGCAUUAAACUGUUGCUGAUCGUGGCGACUAUUAUAGCCAGUUGCGCCGCUUUCCCAUCAAGAAUUCAUCAAACAAACAACAGGAAAAGCGGCAGAGAAUUAGAAAAUGUGGUCCUAAACAACACGGCGGAAUUGGACCCGGAAGGCACAUUCCGGCUCGACUGGGAUAUCGUUUACGACCAAGAUCCCGCCAAUCCUCUAGUCGUGAUGGAAAUGCGCGUAGCAACCGCCGGAUGGUUCAGCCUCCGCUUUACAUCCGCCGAUCUCACCCUGGGCGACUAUUUCUACGGAGCUUACGACGUCAACAAACCGGCAAACAGUUUCUUCCUCGACAAACAUUGCGACCUGGUUGACGGACUGGGUUGCGAGACGGCAGAUGGGCCCUCAGACGACCUCCGAAACGAUUUCCAACUGAUUUCGCUCGUCAACGGACUGGACUAUACCGUGAUGCGCAUUGCUCGCCUAGUCGAUACUGGACAUUUGCAAGAUGUCGUCAUUACUCCCGGCCCAAUGAUGCUCGGCUGGGCGUGGUCGACUGGCAUCCAACAGAGUGGACUUGGGAACCAGCUGACUCCUAUCGAGAAAUUUGGAUUCCAAAAUGUUGCUCUCAUUCCGGCAAAGUAAAACGCCAACGUCAAGACAACAAAAUAGAGGAAACGAAUGAAAACCCAGCAAUUUAAGCCGCUAUCUGGUUGAUAAUAUCAUGUAAAGAAUACCGCACAAUAAACCGAUUAAGAU